AUGAGCAGUCAACCCAUCAAGACGUUGACAAGGCGAGCAACCGCUUCACAAUGCCACACACUUCAGCAGCACAAGCCCCGGAGAUGGGAUCGAAACAUGGCCACGGUAGUGCCUCCCGUCACGCAGAACUCGGUCAGCAAGAAGGGCCCCACGGCCAUGGUCUUCAUGAACAUGGGCGGCCCCGCGACCACAGAUGAAGUUGGAGGUUUUCUUUCUCGCCUUUUCGCCGAUGCCGACCUCAUUCCUCUCGGUCCUUUACAGAAUUACCUCGGACCGCUCAUCAGCAGGAGACGAACACCGAAGAUCCAGAAGCAAUACGCAGGAAUCGGUGGAGGCAGCCCGAUCAGAAAAUGGRGCGAGUAUCAAGCCGCAGAGAUGUGCAAGAUCCUUGACAAGACGAACCCCGAGUCAGCACCCCACAAGCCAUACGUUGCCUUCCGCUAUGCCAACCCAUUGACGGAGGAAAUGUACAACAAGCUGUUUGAAGAUGGCUUCGGAAAGGGCAAUGGAGGUCGGGCCGUUGCAUUCACGCAAUACCCACAGUACUCUUGCAGCACAACCGGCAGCUCACUCAACGAGCUCUGGAAAUGGAGACAGCGCCUCGAAUCACCCACCCGGAACGAGAAUUCCCCCGCAGAGGGCUCGAUUCAGUGGAGUGUCAUCGAUCGUUGGCCCACUCACCCAGGAUUGGUCAAGGCGUUCGCGGAGAACAUCACUGCCACGCUCGCGACAUAUCCUGAAGAAGUUCGCGACAGUGUUGUCAUUCUCUACAGCGCCCACAGUCUCCCCAUGAGCGUCGUGAACCGCGGCGACCCAUACCCUGCCGAGGUCGCAGCUACCGUCCACGCUGUACAGCAGCAGCUCGGACACCGCAACCCCUACCGUCUCGUCUGGCAGUCUCAGGUCGGGCCUUCUGCGUGGUUGGGAAUGCAGACCGCAGAGGCGGUGCCACAGCUCAUCAAGAAAGGCCAAAAGGACAUUGUGCUAGUGCCAAUUGCUUUUACAUCCGAUCACAUCGAGACGCUGUUUGAGAUUGACCAGGAAGUCAUCCAUGAGGCCAACGAGGCCGGCGCUGAAGGCAGAGUCAGGCGAGCAGAGAGUCUGAAUGGCAGUCCAACCUUCAUCAACGCACUCGCAGAUCUCGCAAAGAGCCAUUUACAGAGCGGCAUUGUCUGCAGUACGCAAAUGGGCCUGAGAUGUCCAGGGUGCAAGAGCGAGAGAUGUUUGGAGAGCAAGAAGUUCUUCAUGGGAGGCGGCGUCCAGAACAACGAGGCUGUGACAUUGUAG